UAAACUGAGUUUCGUUUUGUUUUAUUAUGAAUGUAAAUAAACACCAUGGUUAAAGUAGUGAAAUGUGAAAGUAUCAUAGGCAAUACAACGCAAUUUGUCGUCCCGGAAGAAGAAGUGACCAUCGGGCGAGGUUUCUUGCAGUGUGAUGAUACGAGUCUAUGGAGAAAUCCGAGUUUGAUAAGAACCGAGUUAGAGGCAGGAGAGAACAGUUUAUUUAAAAGUGACAAGGAGUGACCUUGGUCGUAGCAGCAAAACCAAGGGGUUCACCUCUCACAGUACAUCACCUUGGUAUUUCGUGUUCAGUUCGCGCUUUAUUUGGUUUUCCACAAGCUAAAAGUGCGCAGUUGCUAAUGCACGCUGAUCUAAACAUUAAACAAGUAUAAACUGAUAAUCUUUUUGCUUUAUUAUGGAAACCAAUAAGCACCAUGGUUAAAGCAGUGAAAUGUGAAAGUACCACAGCACAAUUUGUUGUCCCGGAUGAAGAUGUGAUCAUAGGGCGAGGUUUCUUACAGUGUGAUGAUAAGAGAGUGUCGAAAAAUCAUGGUGUGAUAAGAACCGAAUUGGCGGCAGGAGAGAUAACAGUGUACAUAAAAGCGUUACAUCCAACAAAUCCAAUAUUCUAUCGUAAACAAAAUGCUACCAGUGACAACUCCGUAUUGAAGAAAGAUGAAAGUAUAUUUUUAACAACCGGAGACAAAUUUCGUUUAACGCCUGAUAGCGAAUGGUUAUCGAUUGUGGAAACAGAAGAUACAGUUAAAACAGAAAUGCUGGAUACAGAAACUCAAGAAAUGGAAGACUUAGGAGCAAUUGGUAACGUUCCGGUUGAAAUUGCACAGGAAGCCUCGAGUAAUGAGGUUUCCUUAAAACGAAAGCAUGAAGAUGAAUCCGCAACGGAUGGAGCUAAACGUAACCGGGUCGAUGGCGACGAACCAAUGCCAUCUUCAUCGUCCGAAGCUGGAGCACAUGCAUCUCUAUCAACCAAUGCUGAAGUCGUUGAUUCUUUGUUACCUAUUAAACCAGAUCCCGACGCCCAUAUCCCAAAUAGUAAAUCCAUCGCUAGCAGUGUCCUUAGUCCGGCACAGCCCGAUGAGGAAAACUUGGCGUCAACAUCUGCCGUCUCAGUGACUAUAAAAUCAGAUCCCGAUGGCCCCAGUGCUGCAAAUGCGGGUUCAGGAAUCGUCAUUAAAAGUCCGGCUGAUUCCGGCGCACUCCGUCCAUCAUGCGAUUUUGGUAUACGAUGUUACCGUGGCGGUAAUGAUCAUAGAACAUCAUUCGCGCAUCCGGGAGAUCCCGACUAUCGAAGACCUAACUUUCCUCCGGCUCCUCUACAUGCACCGCUCUGCCCUUUCGGUGCCCGUUGUUAUAGAAGAAAUCCAUCGCAUUUCCAAGAGUACCAGCACCCGGAUCCGAGUGCCGUUGCUUUACCAAGAGUAAGACGAGUUGCAGUUCCAUUAGACCCGAUCAAUUUUGACGAAUACGGCGAGGACGAUGAGUAUGAUCAGGAUUUCGAUGCAUCCUCCUCGGAUGAAUACUAUCCAGGCAUGUAUGAUGAUGAUGAAGAUGCGAGUGAGUCCGAAGAUGAAGGGUUAGGUUGCGUUGAUAGCGGUUUUCAGGAGUGAUAGUUUUCUGCAUCUGUUCAUGUAUCUUCGUGAGUUAAUCAAGGUUAUACAUGUUUUUUAAAUCAACCUCAAUUGAAAUAGGUUAACGCCUAGUAGGAAUAUGUUUCUGGCACGACUUUAAUUUUUUUUCAUUCGGUUAAUGUUGAUAACUGCGAACUUUCAUAAAUGACGAAAUUUUUGUUUAGUUGGAUUUCAUCAAUAAAACAUUUCUCGAAGUAUAGUUUCAAAGUUGCAGUUGCAAGCUGGUAUCAGCAAUUCGCCCUUUCUUUUAAAUAACGUGCACCAUUUAUAGAAUGAGCACAUUAUAGGUUCAAAAAAGUUGCAUUCAAUCUUAAACAUGGUUCAACCAGUUGUUUGUCUCAUUUGUUAUUUUCAAACGGUAGGAGUAAAACAGGCUUAUGACAGCUUCAAACACUAAUCGUCUAUUCUAAAAGUCGUUGUAGUACCCAGGCUUCAUCAUAAUACAUGGAUACAUGUGGCAUCAAGUUUAAACAUGUUUUGAUCAUUGAAUGCAACGUUACUAAAUUGUGAACUGUUCUCCUUCUAUAAAUGGUGAGUAUUGUUCAUGAGAUGGAGCGAAUAGCUGAUAACAUCCCGAUGCUUGUUAACAGCGUGCUGCAACAAUGGCACUAAACGCCGAAAAAUGUUAUAAUAUAAAAGUAAUAUACGUUUAUUUUUAUUGAAUUAAAAAGGUUGUAAUCCUUUUGUAAAUAAAUUACCCGUCGAAUACAAUUUAUCAGAUGAGUUGCCGUAAAGUUUGUUAUGUUUAAGAAAGUAUCUCUUAAAAAAUAAAUAACAAAAAUUAAAAAGUUAAAUAAAAAAAUAUUUUUCACCGAGCAGUCUUGAAAAAAAUCUGCGCAAAUAAGACCAAGUCUAGCAAAUAGUAACUGUCUGUGAUAUUUAAAAUAUUAUUUAGGUCGAAAACUUUCGAACUUCGGUUUCAGAAGUUAUCAUAUUCUCUCAAGCUGGUUUUGUAAGUAAGUCACCAAACAUGCCUAACUAAGCAAAAAUCCCGAGAUGGAAAGUAAUGUGUCUGUCAAUCGCAUUGUUCAGUCUGCCGAUCGACUGUGUAAAUAGUA